AUGUUCAACACUCGACCACGUCCGCUGCUUCAGCUCAAAGGCUGUUCUGCUCCGUGUGUGCUCGCCCCUGGCAGCACUCUCGAUAUCGGACAUGCGAUUGAUGUCGCGAGCAAGCCCAUGCCCGCUCGUCAGCAUCUCGGCGACCGCAGGGCGUCGUCCUUCCACCUCCAUAAGAGCCGAAAGCCACAUAAAAUGGCCUAA